CGAGCUGAACGCCCGAGAGGAACCUGCUCCCUGCCUGCAGCGCGAAAUACUAUCAGCGAACAGUCGAAUGAUGCUGUCUACUGCUUUGGAGUUGCUACAAUCCGUGAAUCGUGGAUUUACAAACAUGUUUUGAUGGUGGAUCUUGAGGAAAAGGAUACUGUCUUGGAAUAUUAGCACAGCAUUGAUAACAGAUCGCUCAUCUUUACAAAGGAGGCGCAAAACAGAAAGAAGGAAAGACAGUGCCAUGGUCGCACGGUUUUAAUCGCUCUUCCCGAGCCAAGACGCCUUAGCACCAGUACCGCCUUUCUGUCUUAUCUGAGCUGGACCGCCAUCAUGAGAAGAGCUUUUCAGCCUCUGUCACGGUGUCUGCUCUCGCUCCUGCUGCUGUCGGAGCUCUGCUCCGGAAUCAAAUGGCUGGCCCUGUCACGGACGCCCACCUCCCUGCCUGUUAACCAGACUCAGCACUGCAAGCAGCUGCAGGGCCUGGUAUCCUCUCAGGUGCAGCUGUGCCGCAGCAACCUGGAGCUCAUGCACACCAUCAUCCAGGCAGCCCGCGAGGUCAAGAAGACCUGCCAGAAGACCUUCGCUGACAUGCGCUGGAACUGCUCCUCCAUCGAGAACGGGCCCAACUACCUCCCAGACCUCGAGAGAGGCACGAGGGAGUCCGCGUUCGUGUACGCCCUGUCAGCAGCCGCUAUCAGCCACACCAUUGCCCGGGCCUGCACGUCAGGAGACCUGCGGCUGUGCUCCUGUGGCCCCAUCCCUGGGGACAUCCCCGAGCCCGGAUACCGCUGGGGGGGCUGUGCAGACAACCUGCACUACGGCCUGGUCAUGGGCUCCAAGUUCUCUGACGCCCCGAUGAAGAUGAAGAAGUCGGGCUCACACGCCAACAAGCUGAUGCACCUGCACAACAGCGAAGUGGGCAGACAGGCCUUGCGAGACGCCCUGGAGAUGAAGUGCAAGUGCCACGGCGUUUCUGGCUCCUGCUCCAUCAGGACCUGCUGGAGGGGUCUGCAGGACCUGAAGGACAUUGCCAUGGACCUGAAGACCAAGUACCUGUCUGCCACCAAGGUGGUCCAUCGGCCCAUGGGCACUCGCAAGCAGCUGGUGCCCAAGGACAUCGACAUCCGGCCUGUCAGGGAGAAUGAGCUGGUCUACCUUCAGAGCUCACCCGACUUCUGCACCAAGAACGAAAAGCUGGGCUCUGUGGGCACUCAGGAUAGGCAGUGUAACAAGACCUCCAACGGCAGCGACAGCUGUGACCUGAUGUGCUGCGGACGAGGCUACAACCCCUACACGGAGAAGCUGGUGGAGCGGUGCCACUGCAAAUACCACUGGUGCUGCUACGUGACGUGUAAGAAAUGCGAGAGGACUGUGGAGAGAUACGUGUGCAAAUGAGCCCCUCCGGCCUCCUCAGCCCCAACCUCUCCAGUCCACAGAUAACCAAAGCACUAUGUACCACGAAGGCUUACUUUUGUCUUAAGCUUCAGCGUGUAUAUUUUUUCCGACGAGAACCAUCUAUUUUCCUUUCAUUA